AUGGCAAGCCAGGCGGCUGAAAAUUUGGAUGGGGUUUAUGGUCCUGAAACUGUUACAGUCAAUUAUGCACAAAUUUGGUUUCAUUCCGGUAAUGUUGAUCUAAAAGAUGCUUCAUGGAUUGAAUGUCCAAUUGUCGGAAACGUCGAUAAAAUCAUGGAUAUUGUCGCCCCAGACCGUCAUGUAGAUUGUCCAAGACAAAAGAUUGUACAGAAAACCAUCCAACGUAGACUCGUCGAUAAGCUCAACGUGUGUUUCGAGCAGAAGGGCUUCAAGUUGGUUGAUAUGAAAUUUACAUGGGCACCAAAAGAUCUUUUGAAGAAGCACUAUGCUGAUUUAUCUGCCUGUCUCAUCUUUCUCGGUCCCAUGGUUUGGAAGGGUUUGAAUGUUGUAAAGACCGGUCGCCAGAUGUUGGGUGCCACCAAUUCCUUGUCCGGGAUUUGUGGGGAUUUCUGUAUGCUAGGCAGCCGCAAUAUCAUCCACGGUUCGGACGCAAUAGAAUCAGCCUCCGAUACUAGGGAUGAGAAAUCCUCGAUUUCGACUUCAAUCUGCAUCCGCAACAUAUCUAAUUUGGUCUAUGAAACAAGCACACAGUAUGGCCACUUUCUGAUGGGAAAGGUGAGCGAGUUGAGCGUUUGA